GAUGCUUGUAUGGCUUAGUGCUGACAAGUUGAUCUUUCAUUCUCGUAGUUAAUGAUUUAUCGUAAUUCAAAUGUUACACCUGUGUUCUAUUCAUCCAGGUCCAGAUUCUGAAAUGUUCUUCAACCUCUUGACAAAUGUUCAGAACCAAAGGCUGGAUGAUCAGAGGAUGUUUCUUUCUGUAUUACCUGGGAUACAAAAUAAAGAGCCAGCGUCCACCAGUGGAGGAGAAACGGGUUACUUGUGUUACAUGAUCUCCAAAGUCCAGCAGACCAGACUAGAGGACCAAAGAUGCUUCCUCCCCCAAAACAAGGCAUCUAGUUUAGGCCGUCCAUGUUCAGCCUCCUUCAGCUCUGGCAGCUCAACUCAGAAUUCUGCAGCUAAAGAUCCAGAACCCGAACAGUUAUUCAUCCUCUUGGCCAACUCUCAGGGCCGACGACUUGAUGAUCAGAGAGUGUUACUUCCAUCAUUACCGGGGAUACAGACAGGAACAACUUCAGCUGCUGCAGAUGUAGAUGCAAGUUAUUUAUGCUACAUGAUCUCCAAAGUCCAGGGGUCAAGAAUGGAUGAACAGAGAUGUUAUGCUCCAAACAUUGUGGAGAAUCUGUGUAACCCAUCUACUCAGCCAAAACCUAAUCACAGUUCAGAUCAGCCUGAUGUGAGUUCUGCUAAAUCUCCGCAGAAGUCUGAUUUUCUACACCGUGUUAAACAGCUUUGGCAGGAAGCAUCUCCAGCCGAGCAGGAAAAAUUCUUUCAGAUGAUCACUAAAGCACAAAGUAAAUGCAUUGAAGACCAACGCUGCGUCUUAAAGCCUGUCAACUGUGAACCGGCAACUGCUGCACAGAAUGGAAGUGCUUUAAAUAACAGGCUCACAGGUUCGACAAAUGCACGACGGUUGGAUGAUCAGCACGUUGAGCUUCAAAACCUGCCCGGAAUUAGUGGGAGCUGUGAAGGGAAAGACAAAUGGAGUGAAACAAACACUGGAGUCCUGCAAUCAUCUGCACAUCAGAUCAUUCUGACAGAAAGGAUGCCAGCACCCAGAGGGAAUGACAGUUCCAGGAGCACAGCUCCACCUGGCAUAGGUGAUCCUGAAUUUGGUUCCUCCCAGUGCCCAUCCACAUCUACUUUAACACCCUCAACAGAAUAUCAGAAGGAUGAAUAUGUCACUGCUCAGGCUGCUGCAUAUGGCUUAAAUGAGACAGAAAUAACACAAACACCAGCAAGGGAGAAUGAAUCCAGGCCUAUCUCAGACACCCAAAUGGCUGAUGCUGAAUGUGGGUCCCCCAAAGACCGGUGUAAAUUGACUUCCUUCAGCUCUGAGGCAGAAGAUCAGAAGGAUGAGUUGCCAUCUCAGGUGAACCUGCUCGGUCUAAGCGAGAAGGAUGUUCAUCACACCUGA